AUGAAUCCAGGCGGAGAAGGCGCGCCAAAUAGGCCACACAACCCGCCCGACCAAGAGAGGAGAGCCAAUGAUCCUCCUAAUCCAGCAGAAGCUAGAGCUGACCAGCCAGCACCGGCCAGAGACGUUCCUCCACCCAAUCCGAACGCGCCCGAUGCAGCUGAGCCGCUACAGCCACCUCUUAACCCGCCGCGACCACCACCGGCGUUUGCAAAUGGACAUCAUCGUCACGGUGACAACCAAGGGAUGCCUCAAGACCAACCUCACGCACCUCCAAGGAGAGUGCCAAACGCGCAGCAUCCAAGGCACCAAACUAUGGGAGACUUUGAUUCUCCGAUGCUUUCUUUAUGGAUCGGAAUCCAAUCCGACCGCCUCUACCUCCAAGGAACGAUUUUGAGAUCAAACCGCAGAUCAUUGCCUUGCACAACUCGUGUUAAUGGAGUAUCGCCGGAUUACUUCAAGUGCAAGCUAUUCACUUUUUCUCUAAGUGACAAGGCGCUAAGAUGGGUAAAAUCUUUACCACCUCAGUCCAUUACAACAUGGAAUGAAUACAAGGGAGCUUUCUUGAACCAAUUCUACACUAAGCAAAGAUCCAACUCUAUAAGGAGCAAGAUUUCUGGUUUCAAGCAAGAUUCAAUGGAGUCAUUCUAUGAAGCUUUGGAGAGAUUCAAGGAGUACACAAGAAGCUGCCCUAACCAUGGCUUUUCAGAAGGUAACCUUUGGAACAUCUUUUACAAUGGGAUUGAUCAUAAAUACAAGCUUUCUCUCGAUACCGCGAGCAAUGGUAAUUUCAUGACCAAGUCGGUGCCGGAGGCAAAGCUUUUGAUUGAGAAUCUCGCUGCUAGUGAUGCCAAUGCAUGCCCUGACUACAAUAGAAGCGUGAAGACCACGAGCUCAUCAGAAUCAGCUCAAAUCUCGGAGCUAAGGAACAUGGUUUCACAACUACUUAAAAGCCGACAAGGAGUUCACGCCAUUGAAGAUGCCCUAGCCACAAAUGAAGACACUCUUAUGGAUUUCAUGAGAGAUGGCACUGAAGAGAAUCUAGAGGAAGUCAACUACAUUGGAGGAAACUAUGGGAAUAGAGGAUUCAAUCCACCAUUUCGCGCGCAUCCAAACCUAUCAUACCGGAGCAACAAUGUGGAGAAUCCAAAUGACCAAGUCUACCCCAAUCAAGGAGCGUAUCAAGGAGGCCAAUACCAAUCCAAGCCACAACAAGUCUAUCCAAGAGGGAUGUACCAAGUGAAGCAACCAUUCACUUUUUCUCAAGAAACAAAUCCAACCCAAACCGGAGAGAAGGUUGACGUGGCGUUGAAGAAAUACAUGGAGGAGCAGAGAUUGAUCACCAAGAACCUAUAUGAGAAGCUUGAUCACAUGUUUGGUGAUCUAAGCAGCAAGUUUGGGUCUCUCUCUACUCACGUUCAAAAGCUUGAGGUGCAAAUCGCUCAAACAGCCGAGGCGGCCAAGAAACAAAAUGAGGUAAACACUCAAAAAUUUUGUAGUGUUGUCUCAUCUAUAGAUGGCACAAUUGUUCCUACACUAUCUCAAGGGGAAGAAGAAGAAAAUGAGCCUAAGGAGAGGCACAAACCGGAGAGAUACAGUUGGGAAUCAAGAAGAGCUUACAAGAGAAGACUUGAAGGCAAGCCACUACAAAAACAAGAAGAUCCGGGGAAGUUUGUGAUAACUUCAAGUAUCAAUGGCAUUCAACUCCACGAUUGCCUAUGUGAUACUGGUGCUAAUGUUAAUCUAAUGUCUCUUGCACUUGCAAAAGAUUUGGGAUUCAAGGAAUUCAAGAGCCCCAAGAUAAGAGUCGAGUUCGCGGAUCUAUCGUGCAUGGAACCUAUGGAAUGCUUGAAGAUGUCAUGA